AUGUCGAACACUUCCCCACCGUCACGCCUGCGCGUGCUCAUCAUCCGACACGGCGAAACAGCUGAGAACGUCGCGCGCAUCAUCCAAGGUCAGCUGGAUACGCCGCUCAAUGCGCAUGGUCGGGCCCAGGCCGAGCUCACCGGUACCUACCUCUCCACCACCCACAUUGAUCGGAUCAUCACCUCGCCCCUCCAGCGGGCGGCCGACACGGCUCGGGCGAUACUUGCGCAUCAUCCGUCUGUAGACUUGGAGCUGGAUGACAGGCUCAAGGAGCGCGCGUUCGGCGUGCUCGAGGGGCACGUGUACACGGGUGGAAGUACCAAGAGUGAGGAGACGGAGGGUAUUGAGCGCAUGGAACCGUUUUCGGAGCGACUGGCCGGGUUCUGGAAUGAUCUCGUUACACGGACGGGGAAGAUCGAGGGGGAAAGGACGGAGACGGUGGUGCUCGUGUCGCACGGGGCGGCGAUCAGCGCGCUGAUGAACCAGGUGCUCGUGCCAGGGCGAUACGUCAUGCUGCGUGAAGGUGUGGUGCCGGCGAGGUUAUGGAAUUGUUCCGUUACCGAGCUGCUCGUUCCUGUUAUCACCACAUCGACCUCAUCGGGCGAGGUAGCGCCAGGACAUCUCUCGAGGAAGAAGCACUGGUCCAUCCGACCAAUCCACCUCGGCGUGCAGGGAUGCCAAUUCGUACUCGACCACGAGAUGCAGAAGCGACGACUGGCUGCCGCUGAGUCCAACCCAGACUCGAUCCACCCGGAAGCGCUGGAAGAGCUCGAAGCAAGGGUCAGCAAGACGCAGCGUGAGUUCGAACGCGAUCCUCCUGGGAGGAAGCAGCUCGAGGAGGACACUAUCAAAGCGCCCGACGGUACGACGGUCUCGAACGACAUCGGGCACGGUAAAACGAUCGGUGUCGUGCUGCGAUGGUCCGACGUGGAGCAUCUCAAAGACCUCGCGGCUCCGAGUGCCGGAACCAACGGUGCGCCAGCAAACAAAGUCAACGUCGACGAGCUGGUCAAGUAG